AUGGGAUGUUGUUUCUCGUGCACAUAUGAUCCAGAAACCUUGCGGUCAAGAGAAAUUGAGGCGUAUUUGCGGAGAGAUGAAGACCAAAAUGCACAGGAAGUAAAAGUGUUGUUGCUUGGCGCUGGUGAAAGUGGGAAGACGACGAUUCUUAAGCAAAUGCGACUAAUCCACAUGUCGGGCUUUACACAGGAAGAAAGAGAAUAUUAUCGUACAAUUGUCUUUUCAAAUAUGCUUCAGUCGAUGCGGCUGAUUAUUGAGGCAAUGGAGGAGUUUGAUAUUUGUUUUGACCGACCGGAAAAUGAACAAUAUUUGGACUUGCUACUACAAGACCGGGAGAUUACAGACCGGGAGAAUUUGCCUCCAGAGUAUUAUCGGCCGUUUAUUUCACUGUGGGAAGAUGCAGGAGUGACAUGUGCAGUUAAUCGUGGGAAUGAAUAUGCAUUGCACGAUAAUUGUUUCUAUUUUUUCGAAAAUAUUCAUAGAUUAUUUGAUCGGAAAUAUGUUCCUACGGAUCAAGAUAUUUUACGGUGUCGGUUAAAAACGACGGGUAUUACGGAGACGUGUUUCAAGGUGUCAGGAUUGAUGUAUAGGAUGAUUGAUGUGGGCGGACAGCGGUCUGAGCGAAGAAAAUGGAUUCACUGUUUCGAAAAUGUUACGGCAGUUUUAUUUCUUGUGGCUAUUUCGGGGUACGAUCAAUGUUUGACGGAAGACAAUGGCGCCAAUCAAAUGCAGGAAGCAUUGGUUUUGUUUGAUUCGAUUUGCAAUUCUCAAUGGUUUAUUAAUACGUCUAUUAUACUUUUUUUGAAUAAAAUCGACCUUUUUAAGGUUAAGCUUCACGUUUCUUUGAUUUCAAAUUACUUCCCGGACUUCAAUAGUGAUAACCAAAGUGAUUAUCGUGCUUCUUGUCUUUUUUUCCGGCAGAAAUUCCUGAAACUUAAUAGGAAUCAUCAAAAAACAAUUUAUACGCAUUUUACAAAUGCGACGGAUACUACCCUUUUAAAGAAUGUUAUGGUUUCUGUUUCAGACAUUAUAUUUAACCAAAAUUUGCAAAACUUGAUGCUUUAG